AUGGAGGGAGAAACAUCAUACACAGCAGGUUCACCACCAUUUUUUGAUGGUGAGGAGUACGAAUUAUGGGCUGCAAGGAUGACCACUCAUCUUGAAGCUUUGGAUCUUUGGGAGGCAGUAGAAGAAAACUAUGAUGUUUCUGAACUACCUUUAGAUCCAAUGGUGGCUCAGAUGAAGAAUCACAGAGAAAGGAAGACCAAAAAGGCUAAGGCUAAAAAUUGCCUUUUCUCUGUUGUGUCAAAAUUUUUUUUUACAAUAAUUAUGAACUUUAAGUCUGCCAAACAGAUUUGGGAUUAUCUCAGAUCAGAAUAUCAAGGCUAUGAAAGAACCAAAGGCAUGCAAGUACUCAACUUGAGCAGAGAAUUCAAGAUGCAGAGCAUGAAAGAGACUAAAACAAUUAAAGGCUACGCUGACCGGCUGUUAGGCAUAGCAAAUAGAGUGAGGCUGUAA